AUGCAUUCAGAAAAAGACUAUGAAAAAGAGGUAGAGCAGACCAACGAGCAAGAGAAGCAGACGCUGAGAAUCACCAUGGUCAGCAGAAACAAGAAUGAAAUAGAGAGAGUUGCGAACAAAAUAUACCAGCUAGCAAAGGCAGAGGACCAGUCUAACAGGGGGCCAGUCGCGUUCAAGAACAACAAGCUGACCAUUACAACCAGAAAGGCGCCUGGUGGCAACGGUACCAACACAUACGACAAGUACAGCAUGAUUAUUAGAAAGAAGUACAUCGAUGUAACAUCCACAUACGAUGCGUUCAAGACCAUCAUAUCGUCUGUGACCUGCCCAGAGGUGUUCCUUCAAGUAGUUAUAAAGGGAUAG